CAAACAACAACAGAAAUAUAUUCUUAUUCAAAUUGUUAUCAAAAUAUUUACCUUCAUCGAAUUGUGUUACGAAUGUAGAUCACUUUUGUUUAAAAAAACUACGAUGGCCGAUCAUCAAGAAAAUAAGAUUGUUAAUGAUUCUGAAAAAUCUUCUAUCAAAUCGAUGGAAAAAAUGGAUAGAAUAGAUUUCGAACAAAUAUCAUCAGAUAUUCAAAUGAUAACCCAACAAGGAGAAGAAAUCAAUAAUAAUGAAGACAAAGAACGAAAAUCAAAAUCCGAAUCUCGAACAAGAUUUCCAUCAUUUUUAAAUGAAAAUGCAUUAGAUAUUCAUGUUAGUGAAAAUCAUUUAUUAAUCAAUCAUCAACGACCAUCCACUAGUCGUAUUUAUCAUCCCCAACAUGAUCAUCAUAUUAUGGACAUAUCAUCAUCAUCAUCAUCAUUACCAAAUGCUGCUCCUGUGAAUGCUGUUGUGGACAUAUCUUUGUCAUCAACACCAUUUGAAUCUCAGCCAACAUCGCUGUCGAAAAUUAUCUCAAAUCGCCUUGACAACCAUAAUGAUGAUAAUGUUGAUACUCAGAAAAUCGACACAGUGGUUGUUUUCAACAGUGAUAAUCAUGCUCAACAAACACAACAGCCGCAUAAUCCUUAUCAACAGCAACAAAUGAUCCGAACAAUAUCGAUUGACCAACAACCAACCAAUAUUCUUGAAAUUGAACGAAUCAAUUUGGACGAUGAUGAUGAUGAUAAUGACAUUGACAAAGUUAACAAGAGACAAACUAACAGUUAUCGACAUCGACAUAGACAUCGAACGAAUAAUAUUGAUACGGACGAUACAGAUGAUGAUGGUGAUGGUGAUCGUGAUAUACGUGGUGCUCGUGAUAAUUUUCGUCGAUUAAAUAAUCCUAUAAGUGGUGAUGCUGACGGCAUUAGGUCAUUUAUUGUCAAUGAUUCCAGACGACAGUCACAACACUCAUCAUCAUCAAAUCAGAAUAUUGAUUAUCUAUUUUCAUUAUUACCACCAAAUGAAUUAAAUAUGGAAAUGCCAUUUGAAGAUCCUAUUCAAAUUCGUGGGAAUGGUAAUAUUACAUUGUUUGGUCUUUCCAAUUGCUAUGAAUCAUCAUUUCCAUCAGCAUUAUUGGGUCGUGUAUCCAAGGAAGAAUUCGAAUAUACUAUCGGUCGUAUCAAUCAUUUGUUACAACAACAACAUUCCACUAAUAUUAAAUUCUUAUUACUUGGGUGUCUUUGUUGUUGUUUUUCAUUGGGAUGUUCACUACUAUGGCCUGGAUUUGCCUUAUCACGACGAACUAAAAAUUCAUUAGAAAAGCUUUUGGCCAUGGAAAAUUCCCGUUUGUAUAACAAGCUUGGAUUAAAUUGGCGGCUUUCAAAACAACCAUCCCAUACAAAUCAUUCAUUUAUGGAAUAUAUUUUGAUCAUAGAUUUCUUGCCUAAAAUGCACAUCUAUCAACCAGAUUGAUUUCCAUCGAAUCGUAACAAUCACAGUACAUGAUUACAAUGUUGAUUCAAAAAGUCAAACUUUUUAUAUCUCCUACCUCUAUUAUAUUUUUUUUUCUUCUACCUUAUUUGUUACUAAAUGUUUUAAAAAAUAUGAAAAUCAUUUUACAAAAUAUUAUAU